GCUAGUGAGUGGUUCAUUUGGAGCUUCCCACAUUCAUAGACCGCUGUGCGCAAUGGCACCGAGCAGUGCUCCUCCCGCGCGGGGCUGGGCGCGAUGACCGGAUAACUUUCCCCUCUGCCUGGAGGAUGCUUUUUCUCGAUGGCAUCUGAUGAAUUCUCCACCGGGAAACAGUAACAGGUCUGCCAAACAUCUCACCUCCCAUGUCACCGGGACGUCUCCAUGGCGAUGUUUAGCAGCGCAGAGCAGGUCUGGAACGAAUCGGACCGCCUCGAGUGGGACUCGGAGAGGAACGAGAGCUCAGAGGCGUCCGGGCAGGAUGAGCGUAACUACUACGCCAUGUUCUACUCCCUGCUCAUCCUGGCCAUCGUGUUUGGAAACGUACUGGUGUGUCUGGCCGUGCUGAGGGAGCGCUCCCUGCAGACCACCACCAACUACCUGGUGGUCAGCCUGGCCGUGGCCGACCUGCUGGUGGCUUCCCUGGUGAUGCCAUGGGCCGUGUACCUGGAGGUGGUCGGCGGCGCCUGGCUUUUCAGCCGGCUCUACUGUAACGUCUUUGUCACGCUAGAUGUGAUGAUGUGCACCGCCAGUAUCCUCAACCUGUGUGCUAUCAGCAUUGACAGGUACACCGCCGUGGUGAUGCCCGUCCUGUACAACACCACCCAUCGCUCCAAGAAGAGAGUGUUUGUGAUGAUUGCCACUGUGUGGGUCCUGGCCUUCACCGUUUCCUGCCCGCUGCUGUUUGGCUUCAACACCACAGAUGAUCCCUUGGUGUGCUCCAUCUCCAACCCCGACUUUGUGAUCUACUCCUCGGUGGUGUCCUUCUACCUGCCGUUCGUCGUCACUCUGCUCGUCUACAUCCGCAUCUACGUCUUCCUGCGGAUGAGGAGGAAGAGGAUCAUCUUUCGGCAGGCCAGCGGGAAAGUGCAGCCGGGCUCCACCCCACCGUCUGUGGAGACCUGUCUGCAGGAAGAGACUCCCAAGGCAAAGCAAGACCUGUCCCCUAUAAGGAUCAAAGUGCAGGGCGUAGAGCCUCCAAGUCCCUCCAAGCCCAACCUGUUGUCUGAGUGCUUGUGGCGCAAACGUCCAAAGACGAGCCCGGUGGACUCAGGUCUGCCCCCGGUGGACACGCAGAACAGCCUCAGCCACGCCUCCUGCGGGCGCACGGAGAUGGAGUUGGAGCGAGGGGAGGAGGAGGCGGACGACAACAACCAGAACGAACGACCUCCUGUCAGGAGGAACUGCGAGGUGAAAGAUCUGUCAAACGGACGGACGCACACGUCGGUGCGGUGGACGGUUCAGUCACAAGUCAACAGUUCAAGAUUCAGGAGCAUGCACGCACGGGAGAAAAAGGCCACUCAGAUGCUGGCCAUCGUGCUUGGGGUGUUUCUCAUCUGCUGGCUGCCCUUCUUUGUGACUCACAUUCUGAACACCCACUGCAGGACAUGCUACGUGCCUCCCGUGCUUUACAGCGCUUUCACCUGGCUGGGCUAUGUCAACAGUGCCCUCAACCCUAUUAUCUACACCACCUUCAACAUCGAGUUCAGACGGGCUUUCAUCAAGAUCCUCAGCUGCUGAGGAAGGCAGAGCGACAGGAUAUUAAACAAUGGAUAUUACUGUUAAGUGUGGUGCACCUAGAAAACAGAUGUUAACCUGCCUUACAAGAGCAGCCAGGUGAAGCAUGGAGGAACAAAACAGACGCAAUAAACAAAAGAAAAGAGGAUUUUACUUCACUUUUUCCUCAACAGGACUUCAAUGGAACAGUAUUACUCUUAAAAAAAGACUUCCACAUGCAUACAGUCUUUUUGAUAGCACAAGGUGUUGGACUUUCUCGUGGAUAUAUCUCACGCGGUAUCUGUGCUGCUCUUUGAAACAGGACUUUCCUAUCCACAUGAAAGCUCUGUGGACGUGAUAUGAAGAAGCUUCAAGGCUGAUAAGAUCGCAGAACUGUGGGCCAUUUUGUCCAGAGGCCUGUCGCCACCGCAGUGUGUGGAUUAACUGAUGUUCCUCACCUCCCCCACUCACCAUCAGUUACUCUACGGUGCAUGCACACAUCAAAUUUCAAGGCUGUUCGCUUGGAUUGUGCUGGAAGGAUUGUAUUUGUCCCUACAAGACACCAUCAUUCUUAAAGAUUGUCAUAUAUUUUGGUGUAAAAGCAUUGUGUUCAAUGUGGAUUCAUUAGAAUAAAAAAAAGAAGCAUUGAGAUUUUGAUGUAAUGCUCAUUGGAAAUGUGUUUUCUCAAAAGGGAUUGUCGGUUUAUUGGCGAACCCCCCCUGUGAUUUAGAGCUGACUGUCCUGAUGCUGUGAUGGAGGGGCUUUGUGAUCUUAACAAAUCGAGCUAGGAUUGUAAACUGUAUGGUUGGCAGAUCAGAGCUGGACGGUGCUUCUUCUGUUUGUUGUAAAUAAAAUAAAUGAUUAAACGGCA